AUAUUAGAGAUGUACAGUGGAAUACAGGCUUUAUUGCAGCACCUCCAGGGAUUUACACAUAAGGCAUUAGGCUUUCGCAAGAUGGAUCUGAUGUUACCAAAGGGAUAGAUUAUUGUGAAAUUGGGGCAACAAUAAGAGAUAGUGACAGGUUUCUGGCACAGCCCGACAUCUCUUCCUUCUAGAAUACAGAUAUAAAGACCAUCCACAGAUUACGGAUUUAUUCCAUCCAGACUGCAAACAUGAGAUUGGCGGGACUGACACUAUCGAUCCUCCUGGGGGUGCUACUGCUCCAAGUGGUGACUGCAGUGAGAGAGAAACCGGGCAUUUGUCCCGUGGGUAAUACCUUUGCAGGAUGUAGGCUCCCCAUCCCCAGGAGUUGUGACACAGACUCAGAAUGUUCCGGGAAAAAGAAGUGCUGUGGCAUCGGCUGUUCUUAUAAAUGCUGGGAACGUGGCAUGGUGGAGAAAUUGGGCACCUGUCCCUGGGUUAAUACCCAUUUACCAUGUAGGGGCCCCAACCCCAGGAGUUGUAAUUCAGACUCGGAUUGUCGCGGGACAGAGAAGUGCUGUGACACAGGCUGUUCUUUUAAAUGCCAGGAACCCACCGUGGAGGAGAAACCGGGCACCUGUCCCGUGGUAAAUACCCAUUUACCAUGUAGGGGCCCCAACCCCAGGAGUUGUCGCGCAGACUCGGAUUGUCUCGGGGCAAAGAAGUGCUGUGACGCAGGCUGUUCUUUUAAAUGCCGGGAACCCACCGUGGAGGAGAAACCGGGCACCUGUCCCGUGGUUAAUAGCCAUUUACCAUGUAGGGGCCCCAACCCCAGGAGUUGUCGCGCAGACUCGGAUUGUCUCGGGACAAAGAAGUGCUGUGACGCAGGCUGUUCUUUUAAAUGCCGGGAACCCACCGUGGAGGAGAAACCGGGCACCUGUCCCGUGGUUUAUACCCAUUUACCAUGUAGGGGCCCCAACCCCAGGACUUGUCGCGCAGACUCGGAUUGUCUCGGGACAAAGAAGUGCUGUGACGCAGGCUGUUCUUUUAAAUGCCAGGAACCCACCGUGGAGGAGAAACCGGGCACCUGUCCCGUGGUUAAUACCCUUUUACCAUGUAGGGGCCCCAACCCCAGGACUUGUCGCGCAGACUCGGAUUGUCUCGGGGAAAAGAAGUGCUGUGACGCAGGCUGUUCUUUUAAAUGCCAGGAACCAGUGGUGGAGAAACCGGGCACCUGUCCCGUGAAUAAUGCCUAUGCAGGAUGUAAACCUCCCAUCCCCAGGAGUUGUAAUUCAGACUCGGAUUGUCUCGGGAAAAAGAAGUGCUGUAUGAUCGGCUGUUCUUAUAAAUGCUGGGAACGUGGCAAGUGAAGUCACAACAGGACGAGACAAGUCACAAGGUCUUCCAGAUGAUGAGAACGGCCUUAGUUCUUCUCUCCCAUGGGGACAUCACACUGUCAAUGCCUAAUAAUGACUAAUAAAUAACUAAUGACUAAUGUCAAUGACUAAUAAAUGAUCAUUCCAAUCUACACCAUGA